CUCCUCUUCCACUGGAUGGUUCUAUUGUUGGGUUUCUCGGAUCCAAUGGAGAAUAUUUAAAUUCUAUUGGAAUUUAUAACGGGCGCAAAAUGAUCAAAGAAUAUGGGCCAUAUGGUAACAAAGAAAGUUCAACAAACUGGUACAUUGAGCUUAAUGAUGGUCAGCGAUUUUCCAAAGUAUUUAUCAAACAUGGAUUCAUUGUCGAUGGAGUUGGGUUUGAAGUAUCAAGCCUUACCGGAAAAACCUACACCCAAAUGUUUAGUGGGCCUGGCGGGGAAACUACAGAGAUUGAAUUGGAUGAAAACGAGUUUAUAACACAAAUAAGCGGGAAGUAUGGAAAGUACCUUGAGAAGGAUAUCAAAAUUGGUUCGAUAACGAUCCAUACCAAUUUAGGUCGUUCAUAUGGACCAUAUGGACGUGAUGAGCAGGUCACAGAAGCUAAGCCUUUCGCAACUCCAGUGCCAUUAGAUGGCACUAUUGCUGGUUUUAAUGGAUCCUAUGGAAUUUACCUUAACUCAAUUGGAAUUUCUGACAAGUACAAGAAGGUUGACAAGUACGGGCCAUAUGGACGUGCUUAAUGCUAUUGAAGCUUAUGGUCGGAAUGUGUGUUUCGCAAUUGCUUACGUGUGCUCGAUGCGGACUACAUGAAGAGCGUCGUCAUCUUUAAUUUUUAUUUUUCUUUUUCCUAAUGUUUGUGUUUCUUUUUUCAUUUUUCAUUUUUCUUUUUCCUAAUGUUUGUGUGUGUGUUUUUUUUCGAAUAAACUCUUUUCUUUCUUUUUGAAUUUGAGCUCAGAGUUUGUUGUGUUGUCACUUAUAUUUCGUUUUUGUUGACUCUGAAUAUCAAUGGACUUUUCUUUUACUCUAAAUUGAAGUAUUGAACUAUUGUCCUCUAUUAUUUCUUUUUCUUAUUGUUAUACAUAAGAGAGUAAAUUUAUCAUGUGAGGUUGUAUGACGAUAUAUCAUAGAUGUAGGGGUGAAAGUUUGGUUUUCGGUUUGGUUUUUGGCCCAAACCGAAGCCGAACCACCAUAUUUCGGUUUCUUGAUUUCGCAAACCACACCGCACCACUUUCUCUUUGAAACCGAACCGAACCGAACCAAACCACCUAAAUUUCGGUUUUCUUAAAAAAAACCAAACCGCACCGAAUUUUCCUAUCAAGCAUCAUGAACAUCAAAUUUUGCAAAAAAACCGAACCGAACCAAACCAAUUAAAACCGAACCAAACAAAACCAAACCAAUCUAGGGUAUUAAUUAUUACCAUCCCACCUUAUCACCACCAACACCCACCCACCACCCAUCACCCUGACCACCUAAAACCCACCCACCACCCACCCUAACCUACCAAAACCACCGAAACUCACCACCCAUCCCCCAAAACCACCCGAAACCCACCCGCCAUCCACCCUAAGCCAUCAAAAACCACCCGAAACCCACUCAUCAUGCAUCAACCCGAAUCCAUCAAAAACCACCCCUCCACCCACCAAAAACUGAAGAAACCCACCAUCCAUCCUGACCACCC